AUGUUAGAUGGAGAGAAUACACCACAAAACAUUGCACUCUAUGGAUUCCUUCUAGGUAUUAUUUGUGGUGGUGGUUUAAUCUAUGCUUUAUUAGUGGAUAGCUUUUGGCCUCCUCAAAUUGGUUAUUUCUUAUGUGCUUUAGCUAUUUUUCAUUUUCUGGAAUAUUUGGCUACUGCACUAUUUAAUCCAGAUAAACUCUCUCUAGAUUCCUUCUUGAUCAAUCAUAGUCCUCAUUACCAUGCAGCUCAUGCCGUAUCCUUUUUGGAAUUUGUCAUCGAAUAUUAUUUUUUCCCUACUUGGAAAACAUUUGGUAUUCUCAAUUAUGUUGGUCUUUUUUUGGUGAUUAUUGGACAAACGGCUCGUACGACAGCAAUGUUUUCAGCAAGACACAAUUUCUCUCAUAGGAUUGUAGAUUACAAGGCACCUGAUCAUCAACUCGUUCAGCAUGGUAUCUAUAGAAUGAUGCGACAUCCUUCCUACUUUGGAUUCUACUGGUGGGCUAUUGGUGUACAAUGUCUUUUAUUGAAUCCUAUAUGUUUUGCAUUAUUCAUUUUUUGGCUUCAUCGAUUUUUCUCUGAACGUAUUGCCUAUGAAGAAUAUACUCUACUACGAUUUUUUGGUGACGAAUGGAAAUCAUACAAGAAUAGAACUCCUACUGGUUUACCUUUUAUAUCAUAA